CUGCGCGGCCCAGGGGGAGGGCCCGGGGAGUGGACGUCGCCCCUGCCCGCCUCCCGCCGCCCCCCGCCCGCAGGCUCUCGAGCCUCAGUCGGCGCUGAGCAUCCCGCUGUCCCGGACCCUCCCGCGGGCGCGCACCGGGCUCAACUCAGGCUCAGGACUGCAGGUGGCCAUCUUCACUGCCCAGAAGUCGUUGUGUGUGGACAGGACAGCCUCCUUGGAAAGUCGGCCACACCAGAGUUGUGCCUCGGCAUGGGCCUUGCCACUGAGGCAGCUCCGCUGUCUGCGCUGGCCUGAGGGCGCUGCCUGUCAUGGGGGCAGCCAUCUCCCAGGGGGCUCUCAUUGCCAUAGUCUGCAAUGGCCUGGUAGGCUUCCUGCUGCUGCUGCUCUGGGUCAUUCUCUGCUGGGCCUGCCACUCUCGCUCUGCUGACGUCGACUCUCUCUCAGAAUCCAGUCCCAACUCCAGCCCUGGCCCCUGUCCUGAGAAGGCGCCGCCGCCCCAGAAGCCAAGCCAUGAAGGCAGCUACCUGCUGCAGCCCUGAAGGCCCCUGGCCUGGCCUGGAGUCCUGGACCUGAGAAUACCUGAGUCAGAGCCUGGAAUCGAUCCCUGCAUUCAGUCUGCCUGGGGUCCAGAAUUUAGAUCCAGUUGGUUUGAAGCUGGACCCAGCAGCCUAGAGUGUAACCAGCCUGGCUCCAAGAGAGGCCUGAGUAGCCCUGGAGAGAUGGGCCUGGAGUGGGGGGUUAGGAGUUGGUGCUAGGGCCAGGACCGUCUGGACUCUGCUUCAUCCCAAGGGCCAAGGGCUGAGUUCACACCUUUCCUAGGCUCAGCACCUCUGGGCUCGCUUGGCUGGGGAAGCAAACCGAAGCUCAUGGCAGUAACAGGAGGGCGUCCAGGCUGGGCCCCUUCUCUGGCCCUCCCACUGUUUGCUGGAGAAUAAAUGGAACGAUGGCUGAC